GCGGCGCUCGCGCUGACCCCGCCUCCCGCGAGGAGCAGCAGCAGCGGCCGCUUGCGGGGCGGCGGCGGCGGCGGCGGCGGCGGCAGGAGCAUCGCGGUGGCCGCCUUCCCGCCGCCAUGGCCGGAAACAGCGGGGGUAGCUGCAGCGACCGUUGCAUCGUGAUUGGAGACGACGAACAAGGUUACGACCUGGAUUUGUUCUGCAUCCCCAAACAUUAUGCGGAUGAUUUGGAAAAAGUCUACAUUCCUCACGGACUCAUUAUGGACAGGACGGAGAGGCUAGCCCGGGAAAUUAUGAAAGGCAUGGGGGGCCACCACAUUGUUGCGCUCUGUGUGCUCAAGGGAGGCUACAAAUUUUUUGCUGAUUUACUGGAUUAUAUAAAAGCCCUGAAUCGGAACAGCGACAAGUCCAUUCCGAUGACUGUUGACUUCAUCCGCCUGAAGAGUUACUGUAAUGAUCAGUCAACUGGCGAUAUAAAAGUAAUUGGCGGGGAUGACUUAUCAACCUUGACUGGGAAGAAUGUCUUGAUUGUAGAAGAUAUAAUUGACACUGGCAAGACAAUGCAGACUCUGCUGUCCCUGCUCCAGCAGUACAAUCCAAAGAUGGUCAAAGUGGCAAGCUUGCUGGUGAAAAGGACACCCCGAAGCGUAGGAUACCGGCCUGAUUUUGUUGGUUUUGAAGUGCCGGACAAGUUUGUGGUUGGAUAUGCUCUAGAUUAUAACGAAUACUUCAGAGAUUUGAAUCACAUCUGUGUGAUCAGUGAGACCGGAAAAGAGAAAUACAAGGCAUGAUCAGGCCGGUUCCAUCCGACUGCAGCGAGACCUUGAAGCCGAUAUCCAGCACCUGCCUUCGGCUGCCUUUCGGCCCAAUCACCAGCUUUAGAUUGUGGAGUGAUUCCCUCGCUCUCGUCAUAUCGCUUGCUCUAACUUAUUGCAUGUACAGUUAUGGGAAACUUGUCUUGUUCAUUUACAUUUGGGAAGUUAAGGAAGCUUCCACUUUCCCUUUUUUUAAAUUUGCACUAUGCAUCUCCUCCUAGCCCCUCCCUUAAGAAAAACAAAUCUCUCUCUUUCUCACUUGCCUCCCCCCUUUAAAAACCUCAUCAGCUCAUGAAAUAGUUCUAAGUACUGUAAAUGUAUAAGGCAUUUUAAGAUGGGAAAUCUAUAUUAGUAAUAUUUUUUAAAAAAACGAGUAAUUUAAGUUUUAUAUUGUAAUGGAAUGUAAUUGAGAUUUGGGGUGCGGGUGGGGUGGGGUGGUAACCAAGCCGCUGCUGCAGGGGUGGGUGCUGGGAAAGAGGCACACGGAAGCACCGUGGGAUGGUUUUGGUGUUCUCAAAGGAGGCAUUGAUGCUGUUCUGCUAAGCUGCUUUUUGGAGUUGCUUUAGUUGCCUUUUGCAGAGUUAAAGGAAAGUUAAAGGCUUGUGUUCUCCGUCAUUCUUCCUCCAUCAGCUGAGUUACGUUGCCUUUCGGACCCAACCAUCGUCCUUGUAUUUUACGUCAGUGAUUGUAACGCUGACAGUUUGAGGUGCACAAAGUGGAUGUACUUUAAAAUAAAAGCUGUUUCUCCCAAGAGGCAGCUGAGCUGGCUCCACCAUAUACUUAAAGCAA